CAAUGAGUUUAAUUGCUAUAUUCAACUGGUAAAAGAAGGGUAGUAUAAUGAGCAGUAUUAGGAACUCAUGGACGAGGAUGCCGCCUAUCGUAUCGACCGCCCUGUGCUGGUAUCUGAUAGUCAUGAAGAGCAAGCCGAUGUGCCAGACGAAAACCUUAGAGGUGACGCUGUUCCGUGUUUAUCACCAUUCAUGCCAUGUCAGCCAAAUGAAAUACAAAGCCACAACAGCCCCAUACGUUCAUUGCCUGAAGAUAGGACGGAUGGGGCUGUCGAUAGCAUAGAGUCCAUCAUAACGCCUCAUCGAACAGCAAGCCUCGAACGUCCCCUUGCCAUUGAAAAGAACUAUUCCGUUAGUAGAAAUGACAGUGAUCAUUCUUUAAUCACUCUUGAAGACGGAUCGAAAACGUUUGGAAAAUUAAACAGUACAAAGGGUGCACAAGUCGGCUAUAAUACCAAAAGUGCUGACGCCAAAUCCAGGUUUGGCGAAAUUACUGAUGAAAAAAAAGCUAAUGAAGCAGUACCCGACACGCGCUCUUUUCGACUCAACACUUCCACAUUAACCAACCGCUUUAGUCGAUUGGCACCCUGCAAUAUCAAAAAAAGUGCAUGUCAAAAUCGAGAAUGUACACCGCUGUUUAUGCAUACAGGAGGGCCAGAAUAUGAAAAAUCGGGUUAUUCAACGAACAACGAUAUGGGUCAAACGACACCGUUGAGUAAAGAUACUUCCGAUAUAGAAACAUUCCGCAUGGAAACCGCCAUUUCGCCUUUGUUGAGCUCAUACGGGAACAUGGUCCGAAAUGACGAGAUGCCCAACUCGAGGCUCUGUGAUAUCCGAGAAUCCAGGUUGACUUCCGGCCUAGCCAAAUUUCACAAGCCAUCCAGUGCUUCGGUGAACUCUGCGCCUGUAGACCCAGUGGCUAGAAGCUCCAAACAUCCAAUCAAUCAUAAACCUUACGAAGGAUAUUCCGCUCCAUUACAUCGGCACAUCGCCCAAAGCCCACGAUCCGCUCCUAAACUAUUCCAAGUAACAGACCGUGUCAAUGCAUUCCGACAAGCACGAGGUAAAGCUGCUCCAUGCGUGAAGCGACCGAGACUGGAUAGUAGCAGCGGACGCUCCAGCCCAUCCUGAUCCUAUGAGCGAAAAGGUCUGGUUGUAUAAUAUAUUAAACAUAGCGGUUUACAAAUGCGAAAUAUAAUAUGCGCAAUGAUGUACAAUUUCCCUUCCAUAUCUUUAGUUACGUUAGAUUAAUGUACAAUUCUAUUUACAAUCGUUGACGUAGAGUUGUAUGGGCAGGUUCAUGGCCAUCUCCUGAAAACUGCUAAUCCACGUUUGCCGCUCUGCGAGAUGCAGAUAUCUGAGCCAGCAGAUUGAGUAGCUGAGCACUCUCUAGACAGGCAU